AUGGAGAACAGAGCCAGCACCAUUGAUUACAUCGGCAGCUCCAUGGGCGAUACCUCCAGCCAAACCACCAGCAGCUUGAGCAGCACCUCCGACGAUAUUACCAGCAGCAUGAGCAGCUCCACUGAGAAUACCACCAGCACCUUGGGCAAGACCUCCGGCAAUACCACCAGCACCUUGGGCGAUACCUCCAGCCAAACCACCAAGAGCCUGGGCGCCACCGCCGAUAAUACCACCAGCAGCAUUAGCAGCACCUCCAGCCAAACCACCGGCAAUGUUAGCGGCCCCACCGACAACACCUUGGGCAAGACCACCGGCAAUACCACCAAGAGCUUGGGCGCCACCGCUGAUAAUACCUCCUGCACCUUGAGCAAGACCACCAGCCAAACCACCAAGAGCUUGGGCGCCUCCGCCGACAAUAUUACCAGCAGCAUGAGCAGCUCCAUCGAGAAUACCACCAGCACCUUGGGCAAGACCUCCGGCAAUACCACCAAGAGCUUGGGCACCACCGCCGAUAAUACCUCCUGCACCUUGAGCAAGACCACCAGCCAAACCUCCAAGAGCUUGCGCGCCACCGCCGACAAUAUUACCAGCAGCAUGAGCCGCUCCAUCGAGUAUACCACCAGCACCUUGGGCAAGACCUCCUGCAAUACCGCCAAGAGCUUGGGCGCCACCGCCGAUAAUACCUCCUGCACCUUGAGCAAGACCACCGGCCAAACCACCAGCAACGUUGGCAGCACCUCCAGCCAAACCACCAGCAAUGUUAGCAGCACCACCGACAAUAUUACCAGCAGCAUGAGCAGCACCAUCGAGAAUACCACCAGCACCUUGGGCAAGACCUCCUGCAAUACCACCAAGAGCAUGGGCACCACCGCCGAUAAUACCUCCUGCACCUUGAGCAAGACCACCAGCCAAACCACCAAGAGCUUGGGCGCCACCGCCGACAAUAUUACCAGCAGCAUGAGCAGCUCCAUCGAGUAUACCACCUGCACCUUGGGCAAGACCUCCGGCAAUACCACCAAGAGCUUGGGCGCCACCGCCAAUAAUACCUCCUGCACCUUGAGCAAGACCACCGGUCAAACUACCAGCAACGUUAGCAGCACCUCCAGCCAAACCACCAGCAAUGUUAGCAGCACCACCGACAAUAUUUCCAGCAGCAUGAGCAGCUCCACUCAGAAUACCACCAGCACCUUGGGCAAGACCUUCGGCAACACCACCAGCACCUUGGGCGAUACCUCCAGCCAAACCACCAAGAGCCUGGGCCCCACCGCCGAUAAUACCACCAGCAGCAUUAGCAGCACCUCCAGCCAAACUACCAGCAAUGUUAGCAGCACCACCGACAAUAUUACCAGCAGCAUGAGCAGCUCCAUCAAGAAUACCACCAGCACCUUGGGCGAUACCUCCAGCCAAACCACCAAGAGCCUGGGCGCCACCGCCAAUAAUACCACCAGCAACGUUAGCAGCACCUCCAGCCAAACCACCAGCAAUGUUAGCGGCUCCACCGACAAUAUUACCAGCAGCAUGAGCAGCUCCAUCGAGAAUACCACCAGCACCUUGGGCAAGACCUCCGGCAAUACCACCAGCACCUUGGGCGAUACCUCCAGCCAAACCACCAAGAGCCUGGGCCCCACCGCCGAUAAUACCGCCAGCAGCAUUAGCAGCACCUCCAGCCAAACCACCAGCAAUGUUAGCGGCACCACCGACAAUAUUGCCAGCAGCAUGAGCAGCUCCAUCGAGAAUACCACCAGCACCUUGGGCAAGACCUCCGGCAAUACCACCAGCACCUUGGGCGAUACCUCCAGCCAAACCACCAAGAGCCUGGGCCCCACCGCCGAUAAUACCGCCAGCAGCAUUAGCAGCACCUCCAGCCAAACCACCAGCAAUGUUAGCAGCACCACCGACAAUAUUUCCAGCAGCAUGAGCAGCUCCACUGAGAAUACCACCAGCACCUUGGGCAAUACCUCCAGCCAAACCGCCGAGAGCAUGGGCACCACCGCCGAUAAUACCACCAGCACCUUGGGCAAGACCACCAGCCAAACCACCAGCAACAUUAGCAGCACCUCCGACAAUAUUGCCAGCAGCAUGAGCAGCUCCAUCAAGAAUACCACCAGCACCUUGGGCGAUACCUCCAGCCAAACCACCAAGAGCCUGGGCCCCACCGCCGAUAAUACCGCCAGCAGCAUUAGCAGCACCUCCAGCCAAACCACCAGCAAUGUUAGCGGCACCACCGACAAUAUUGCCAGCAGCAUGAGCAGCUCCAUCGAGAAUACCACCAGCACCUUGGGCAAGACCUCCGGCAAUACCACCAGCACCUAG